UCACUUGCAGUCGCCAUUGCGUGACGACCGCGAAUGUGAGCGAUGUCCGGGCUGAAAGUACAGAGGGCGAAGUUCACGCCGGGCAAAAUGUCCGUACCCACAUCACGCUCCCUCCUCUGGCGCCGAAGUCUACAGCGAGCUCCAGCGCGUGCCUUUUCAAUCUCAGCGAGAGCUGCGGCAGACCACGUGCGGAUAGUCGAGGUGGGGCCUCGAGAUGGCUUGCAGAACGAGAAGACAAGCAUUCCUGCGGCGACGAAGAUAGACCUGAUCAACCGAUUGGCGAGGAGUGGUCUGGACACGAUUGAGGCCGGUUCAUUCGUCCACCCGAAAUGGGUACCUCAGAUGGCCGCGUCAGAUAAAGUGCUCUCGUCCAUUGUCGCCAAUCCACCCUCCUCGAACCUUCCGAUCACCUACCAAUGGCUCCUGCCGAAUAGCAAAGGCUUUGAGAACUUCUUCAAAGUUAUGAAUGAGGUCAAGGCAGCGCGCGAUGGAUAUCCGACACCUCCCCCGUCGCCGAGCAACGACAACGGCCCAGCAUUGAAUACCUCCAGCUCCGAUCCGAACGCAAUGCCCUCGACAACUUCAGCAGCAGAGAGCAUGGCCAAGGCUCAAGGAGGAGAUGGUGGUGCACAGAAACACGAGAUAUCAAUCUUCAUGGCUGCGACAGAGUCAUUCAGCAAGAAGAACACAAAUUGCACAAUCCAGGAAAGCUUGGAUCGAUUCGCUCCUCUCAUGGCGCAGAGUCGAGAUGCAGGAUACCCUGUUCGAGCCUAUAUUUCUGUGGCUCUUGGAUGUCCCUUCGAGGGUCCCGACGUUGACCCACACAAGGUCGCCGAACUUGCAGCUUCGCUCUUGGAGUUGGGCGCGGACGAGAUCAGUGUGGCAGAUACCACGGGCAUGGCCACUGCGCCGCGGACGAGGAAGCUACUACAGACAUUGAAGGAGGCUGGAAUUCAAAGCAGUGAUCUCGCAUUCCAUUUUCACGAUUCAUACGGGCAGGCACUGGUUAAUAUCAUUGUUUCUCUGGAGCAUGGCAUUCGGACGUUUGAUAGCGCGGUUGGUGGACUGGGAGGAUGUCCAUAUAGUCCUGGAGCUACCGGUAAUGUCUCAACGGAGGAUUUGAUAUACACUCUGCACAGUCUCGGAUUGAAGACUGGAGUAGAUCUUGAUGAGGUCAGCCGGAUUGGAGACUGGAUUACGAAGGAGAUUGGUAAAGCGAACGACUCGAGCGCUGGGAAGGCCACAAUGGCACGACUG